GUUGUUGCUCAAGAACUGCUGUCACCCCGCAUCGGAGCAUUGGAUGUUCAGCCAGGGCGGGCCGGCGUGAGCUUCAAGGGCAAGAAAUGGCGCACGGGGUAUGCGGCUUGCUAUUGGUCCCGUGCAGCUAUAAAAAUUUUGGCAUUGCUGGCUGAUGGGGAUCUUCCACCAGAUGAGAUGGCAGGAGACUCGAUCUAUGAAUUCACAAGAAAUGCUGCCAACUGGCCUGAUCUCCUGAAAAAGGGCCAAACUCUUCAUGUGCGCUCCCAUGUCUGGGAUUGCACGAAUUUGAGUAACUCUCAGUUGGUGGAAAGACGUGUGCGGGAUGCUGUCUGCGAUGUUGUUCGUGAUGCAAGAGGUGAAAGACCAGCGCCUCCAUCUGGAAUAGAUUUUGAAGAUUUGCCUCUUCAGGUCACAGUGUACCGCGACCACAUACAGUUGUACAGGAACCUCAGUGGUAUGUCACUACACAGGCGUGGAUUCAAGAAGAUUGUGCAUAAGGCAGCUCUUAACGAAUCAGCGGCAGCUGGGAUUCUGUAUUUGGCAGGAUGGGACAAACUGGUAGAAGAGACACUGGAUUCAUCAACAGGUCCAGUGCUGGUGGAUCCAAUGUGUGGCUCUGGCACCUUCCUUGUGGAAGCAGCCAUGAUGGCCAGAGCAGUGCCUCCUGGCAGUCUCCGAGAAUCCUGGGUGUUUCAGAGAUGGCCCGAUUAUGACCGUGAACAGUUCGACAGUAUUCAGUUCGAAGCAGAUGAAAUCACACGGCAGGCCAAGAGAAAGUGGAAGGGGCAGAUCCGAGGGAAUGAAAUACAUCCGACAGCAUUGAGGUUGGCUCAUCUGGCAGCCAAUCGCAGCAAGCAGAGAGACACAAUCAAGUUCCACGAGGGGCCAUGCGGAUUGUGGAUACCAGAUAGGAAGCCGGACAUUGUGGUUGUGAAUCCGCCGUGGGGUGAGAGACUGACGGAGAGUGAGGGAUACCGAGUGGAAGGAUCAUGGGUAGAGUUAGGAAAUUUCCUUAGACAGAAAUGCCAAGGUGCAACGGCGUAUGUGCUGAGCGGAAACAGCGAGAACACGAGACACCUGGGCAUGAGGGCUUCAAGGAAAUUCCCUCUGGUCAUCGGAGGGGUGCAGUGCAGGUUAUUAAAAUAUGACGUGCAUGAUGACCACGGUGGCCAGUCUUGA